GUGAGCUCGAUAAAAAUUGUCGACCAGGAAACAGUAUAAAUACGUGGCUGUCGAUUCUGUUGUUGUCUCGACAAAAAUUCCAGCAAAGCUAAGCACAUAAUUAAAAUUAAUUUAGAUGUAUUCACAUUAAAUAUGCGAUAAACUCUAUACGAAUUGCGACUGUUAGCUCUAGUGCUGUACAAAGAUAAACUGCAAAGAACGACAAUAACUACUCGGCCUCCACAAUGGGACUGUGCAAGUGUCCAAAACGUUUGGUGACAAACCAAUUUUGCUUUGAGCAUAGAGUCAAUGUCUGUGAGCACUGCAUGGUACAGAGCCAUCCAAAGUGCAUAGUGCAAUCGUAUUUGCAAUGGCUACGUGAUAGUGACUAUAUAUCCAAUUGUACGCUUUGUGGCACCGGCCUGGAGCAGGGUGAAUGUGUGCGUUUAGUGUGCUACCAUGUUUAUCACUGGGACUGCUUGAAUGCACGCCAAGCCGGUCUGCCUGCCAAUACAGCGCCUAGUGGCCACCAAUGUCCGAGUUGUAGUGUGGAAAUUUUUCCAACAUCGAAUCUGGUUUCACCUGUGGCAGAUGCACUCAAACAAUAUCUGGCGCAAGUGAACUGGGGUCGAAAUGGAUUGGGUCUUGCAUUGCUUUCGGAUGAACAAAACAAUAGCUUCAAGGCAAAAGCUAUUAGUGGCCAGUCGGCUGUUACCAAUAUUACCAAAGUGCAUCAUCAUUCCACUGGAGAACGUGAGCGUAUGAAACCGAAUGGGGGCAUUGAUGGCUCCAGUCCACAUUCCGUUCUUUUAAUGGAUGCCUUUAAUCCGCCUAGCUCUGGUGACAUGCAUGGAACUAGCAGCAGGCGUCCUCUGCUGCCCCGACAGUCGCCAAUUGGCGGCACCGAUCGUGAUGAUAAUAAAUAUCAGCGCCGUUCACCGGCUGAGCUUUUCUCGCGUUGGACGCGUCGUUUUUACGCACCAUCCUCGCGUCCACCUUGGCGCCGCACUUGGUUCUUGGUACUCAGUGGCAUUUUAGCCUUCAUUAUGUUUAUAUAUAUAAUGGCAGUGCUGGGUCGCGGCGGCGGCAACGAUAGCUUGGAUGACAGCUGGAACAAUCCAAACCCCAAACAAAACCACUACGAAUAAGUAUAUAUAUGUGUGUAACGCGUAAUCAUAUAUCCGAAAAGUCCUUCCCUCUGUUAAAAUCAAAACUUAUUUAUGUAACCCAAAAUAUUGCAAAAGGAAACUUAAUAUUAAGCUUU